AUGUCCGAAUCGCGAAAAGCACUAGUAACCGGCGGAGCCGGCUUCAUUGGAUCCCAUUUAGUUGACCGUCUGAUUUCCGAAGGGUUCAGGGUAGCCAUAGUUGACGAUCUGUCAGCCGGUUCUCUGAAGAACCUGAAUCCGGCAGCCACCUUUUACCAUUCAGACAUAACUCAUUCUUCAGUCGACGAGAUUUUCAGCCGCGAGCAACCGGACAUCUUGUUUCACCUGGCAGCCCGGGUGAGCGUAACCUUUUCCGCACAAAAUCCUGUGGAUAACGCUGAAGUUAACGUCAUCGGCACGUUAAAGUUGCUGGACGCCGCGCGGCGCAUGGGGUUGGAGAAGUUCAUUUUCUCUUCGACUGGUGGCGCCAUUUACGGAAAUCCUGAGGAAAACCCCUGCAGUGAAGAAACUCCCGCCAUACCCAUUUCCCCGUAUGGAUUGUCCAAAUACAUGGCGGAACAAUACAUCGACCUUUUUCACCGGCUAUACAGAUUGAAUUACACCAAUCUGCGAUAUGGCAACGUCUAUGGGCCUCGCCAGGACCCUCACGGUGAGGCGGGCGUGAUAUCCAUAUUUAUUCAGUCCAUGCUGGAUGGAGGCCAACCCAGAAUUUUUGGAGAUGGCACCCAGGAGCGCGAUUUCGUAUACGUAGAGGACAUCGUGGAAGCCAAUAUCAGGGCCAUCGACGGCGGCCAUAACUGCACGUUGAAUAUCGGUUCAGGGGAAGGCACCAGUGUCAACCGGUUAUACAAGCUACUGCAGGACGCGGUAAACUACUAUUGGGAAGCUGAGCAUAGGCCCCGCCGACCUGGCGAGGAAUUUAGGAGUUACCGAUUCAUGGAAGCUGAGUACGAUGCCAUUAUUCUGGGAGCGGGUGCCGCUGGCCUUGCAGCGGGUCUUUACACUACCAGGGCUAUGAUGAAAACCCUAAUUCUCGAGUCGCUUGGCCCUGGCGGACAACUGCUCAUCACCGACGAAAUCGAGAACUACCCAGGCUUCCCGACAGGAGUCAAAGGGCAGGAACUGGCCCAAAUGAUGGAGGAGCAAACCACUCGAUUUGGGGCCGAGAUCGAUUACGCUGAGGUUGAGGAAGUCGAGGGCCUGGACCAACCUGUCAAACUCAUAAAGACCUACGAAAAGGAAUACACGACCAAGAGCGUGAUCAUUGCGACGGGCGGUUCCCACAACAAGUUGGGAGUUACCGGAGAGGACGAAUUGGCCGGUCGCGGCGUUUUCCUAUUGCGCUGUAUGUGA